ACUUAGAUCUGAAAUGUACCACGCAAGUCAUCACCCAUGAACUGGCACUGUCACACACCCCGAAAACAUCACACUGGGGAACAGGUGCACAAACAGCCUUUAAGAUUGCUGUGAUCAAACAUACGAAGAGGAAUGUAUAGAUGGGGCCUGUAUAGAUCAAGAUGGACCCCUGGAUAAGUGGCUCUACCCAGAAUUACACCACUGCCGUGACAGCAGCGCCAGAGCGUGGGGCGAGAGCAGGGCGGGCAGGCUGUCAUAUUCUCCUCGGUGCCGUGUGCCCGUGUCUGGAAACUGUUCAGUGCUGGUUGGGUUGUGGGCGGUUUCAAGGACGAGAGCCGGUUUACAGUACCGAGAAGUGUGCAAUUUCAUCAGCAAUGGCCCAACAAAGGCAUUUUCUACAGUUUCAUUGUUGAUGCUUGGUUUGAAGAGAGGUGAUGGAUGUCCGCAUGGUUCUGGGGGGUCCAGAUAACAUUCUCCUGGCCAAUAAUCCUGACGCAGGAAGUGGUUGUUUGAAGCAUCCCUGUGAGGACCAGGACAGAAGCUCCAGCCCAUCUGUCCUUCGUUCUGUGACCACCACAGGAAAGGAAGGUCUGCUGAACAGGAAGAGACCAUUUGUUGGAAGAUGCUGUCACUCAUGCACACCCCUGAGUCAGGAGAGGCUGUUCAACCCCAGCAUCCCUUCACUGGGGCUUCGUAAUGUGAUUUACAUCAAUGAAACACACACAAGACACAGAGGUUGGCUUGCACGGAGGCUGAGUUAUGUGCUGUUUGUCUUGGAGAGAGAUGUCCGGAAGGACAUGUUUGCUCGUAAUGUGGUGGAGAACGUGCUCAACAGCAGCAGGCUGGAAAGUGCUAUCGUGGAGGUAGCAUCCGAGGGUGUUAGCACAGAUGCAGAGUCUGGAGUGGAUUCCAAAGCUGUCAGUAAAGUUAGACGGAAGACCAGAGGAUUCCUGCAGGAAAUGGUUGCCAACAUCUCACCUGCCUUCAUCAGAAUAACAGGAUGGGUGUUGUUGAAAUUGUUUAAUGGAUUCUUCUGGAGUAUUCAGAUCCAUAAAGGUCAGCUGGAGAUGGUGAAGAAAGCAGCAUCUGAGAACAAUGUUCCCCUGGUCUUCCUUCCUGUUCACAAGUCCCACAUAGACUACCUGCUCAUCACCUUCAUCCUGUUUUGUCACAACAUCAAAGCCCCUCACAUCGCAGCUGGCAACAACCUUGACAUCCCUAUCUUAAGCACACUGAUACGGAAACUAGGAGGAUUUUUUAUCCGUCGUAAACUGGAUGAGACUUCAGACGGAAAGAAGGAUGUGUUAUACAGAUCACUGUUACAUGCAUACACAGAAGAAUUGUUGCGGCAGCAGCAGUUUCUGGAGGUGUAUUUAGAGGGCACGCGCUCUCGCAGUGGGAAGCCAUCUCCGGCACGUGCGGGCAUGCUCUCAAUUGUGGUUGACACACUCUGUGCCAACAGCAUCCCUGAUGUUCUGAUCGUGCCUGUAGGCAUCUCAUAUGACCGCAUCAUAGAAGGAAACUACAACAGCGAGCAGCUGGGCAAGCCUAAAAAGAAUGAGAGUCUGUGGGGAAUUGCCUGUGGCGUUUUCAGGAUGCUCCGGAAGAAUUAUGGCUGUGUGCGUGUGGAUUUCACGCAGCCCUUCUCACUAAAGGAGUACCUGGAUACACAGCGCAGUCACCAUCUCCAGGCCCCGCUCACGCUGGAGCAGAUCCUUCUCCCCACCAUUAUCGCUGCACAGCCGGAUCAGGCUGUUUUUAAUGGAGAAGAUGAGGAUCAUCUGAAUUCUAGAGACCUGUCAGAUGAGCCCUGGAGGAGGCAGGUCAUCGCUAACCUGGCCAAGCACGUUCUCUUCACUGCCAGCAAGUCAUCAGCAAUCAUGUCCACUCACAUCGUGGCCUGUCUCCUCCUGUACCGGCACAGACAGGGUGUACUGCUGUCUAAACUGGUGGAGGAUUUCUUCAAUAUGAAGGAAGAGAUCUUAUCACGGGACUUUGACCUGGGUUUUUCUGGGAAUUCGGAGGAUGUGGUCAUGCAUGCGCUUAGCCUUCUGGGAAACUGUGUGAACGUCACCAGCACCAACAGAAACACAGAGUUCAUCAUCGCUCCUAGGAACACUGUACCUGCCCUCUUUGAGCUCAAUUUCUACAGCAAUGGCCUUUUCCACGUCUUCAUUGCAGAUGCUAUUAUAGCUUGCAGCACACUGGCCCUGCUGAGAGAGCAAUCUGCAACUUCAGCGAGUGAACAGAAUUCUUCAUCUACGCUGCUCAGCCAAGAGAGACUGAUCCGCAGAGCUGCAGGCCUCUCCCACUUUCUGUCCAAUGAGGUGGCAGUAGCGAUGCCUUGUCAGACUUUGUACCAGGUCUUCCAUGAUGCUGUCAUCAGGUUAAUCGAAUAUGGUGUGCUCAUUGUAGCUGAGGAGGACCAGGAGGAGCUGAGUCCUUCUGAGGAGCCUUGGCCCAAGAAGUUUCCAGAGGCUCUUGCUUGGCGAAGUGAUGAAGAAGAUGAAGACAGUGACUUUGGAGAUGAACAAAGAGACCGUUACCUGAAGGUGAGCCCAUCAGCUGAGCCCCAGGAAUUUUAUACUUUUCUUCAGAGGAUUCUCACUCCAGUGCUGGAGGCCUACAGUGGUGCAGCUAUCUUUGUACACAGCCUGAUAUCGCCCAUGUCAGAGAGAGAGUACACGCACAAGCUUUUCAAGUAUCUGCUAACUCGCACAGAGAGAGGAGUGGCUGCAUAUGGAGAAAGUGCCACACACUACCUCGUAAAAAAUACAGUGAAAACAUUUAAAGAGCUGGGGGUGCUUAAUGAGAGGCGAGAGGGUGGUGUGUCCCGUCUGGAGCUGAGCAGCACUUUCUUACCUCAGGCCAACAGAAACAAACUCCUGCAGUACAUUCUGGGUUUUAGUCUGCUGUGACACAUUAGGACCAUCGACACAACUGCGUGGCUUUCCACAUCACUUAAGGGCUUUUUAUUGGCUAAUCAUAGGUGCUACUCUAAGGAAAACUUUACCUGGAAGUGCCUUCACUAAAUGCCUCAUACUAGACUUAAGUUAGUCUUCCUUCACUGAAAAUUCCCUCCACAAUGCACAAGUAGUUUUCCGCUCUUUCGUUUACUAAAUGUUUCCAUUUACACAAUACUAUGCCAGUGAAACCCCUUGGUUUUCAGCUAAAUUGGGUGUGUUUAUAGCUCUGAAUGUUUCUUUUUAACUUUCACUAUCACCAUAUUAUAUGUCAGAGCAUGUGAAGAAAUCGCCAUUACCUUACAGAGAACAGAAAGACAAAGCAUCUUUCGAUAACACAAGAAUACAUCAUAAUGCACUUAAAAGUGCAGCAAGCGUCCAAGUAGUUUAUGAAAGUAGCAUUUUUUAGCAGGCCUAGAGGAUCAUGAGCGGGAAACUUUACUGGAAACUGAGCUUGAGUGCUUCUGUUUGGCUGACCAUUACAAGAUAUGUCUGAAAUAUUUGGAGGAGGUUCUCUUGGAGCCAAAGCACUUUGAUUUCCUCCUCAGUUGCUGGUAUAUUUUAUUUUGGAGUUAAGCGCUGAGUCUUCUAUGCUCAGUGUGUGUGCAUGUGUGCAAUAUGUCUGUAGUAUGUGAAUUAAACCCUAUUUAUGCCAGAAAUUUGUCUCAAGGCACAAUAUAACCAGAAUGCAGAAUGCCUUCAUAACCACUAGAAUAUUGUUUGUUAUUGAAUAUAUCGAGAGCCUGUGAGCAAGCAAAAGUUGAAGAUACCCUGUAAUGUCCCAAAACUGCAGUUCACAUUACCUCAUCUUCAUUCCGUUUUUAUUAUCUGCUCUUUAGAAAGCCUUUUCUGCUGAUGUAUCAUUUCCAACUUCAUUUGUCAUGUGUUUUGUAUUAUCCCAACUUGUUUUGACAAGUCGUUGAAGAAAACUCAUUUGUGCGUCAGCCUCUAGACGUUGCUAUGCCAUUGACGUGUUUUUACUUUGCAAGAGUGUAGUUGGCAGGCGUGCACAGUUUGCGUAGGCUACUGAGAGAUUAAAAAGAUACAUGCUUCUCCCAGGAUCUUGGAAAAAUCUGAAAGGAUACACUUAUUUUGAGGCUGUGAGCUCCUGGGCUUGGGAAAUUGUGGAAUUCUUUGCUUAUCAAAUCAGUUACGAUCUGAUCUGUGUGGUUAUGAAAUCCUUAUCCAAUAAUCUUGAACUACAGGAAAAGUGAGGGAAAUUCAUUGGUCAAAAAGAGUCGUAGCCCUGGUAGAAUAUAUGAGCUUACUUAUGUCACGACUUACCCAAGAAGCUAAAAUUUUUAAAUUGUAUAUUAGAUUUGAAGUGACGCUGAAAGCGUUUUAGAGACUGAAUCAAUGCUGUGAAGGUUUGUUCAGAUACAUAAGGCAUAUUGUAACAGUUUGCACAAAAAUAGGUGUGUCAAUAUGGCUCACAGAUAUACAACUUUAAAUUGCAAUUAAACGUCUGUUUAGAAUGGAAUUUAUUAUUCAUCUUUACACAGCUGAAUUAAGGCUGCUUAAAAUGCUGUGUAAAGAUGUAAUGCAAAACGAAAGCCAGAUUAAAUUCUAACUGCUCAGUCCAUAGUAUAAAAGGGUACAGUUGUAAUUUUUGUGAAUAGGUCAUCUGAGUAUUCUAUGCGUGCUGUGCAUAGAACAUUCAUAUCAUGUAAUGAAGCAAUAGUAUGCUAUUCUGAAUAUAGUCAACGUUUUCGAGUUGAGGGAGGAAAAAUAAUAGUGCAAGUGUGUGAUUCCUAACUCAGAUCUACAUUGUGUGAAUGUGUUUGAGCACUGAAGAUUGUAUAUUUGAAAAUCACUUGAAUAUAAACAGCAAUAUGCAUUUCUCUCUCCCAGCAGACAGCAAUAAGGUUUUUUUUUUUUUUUGCCUGUACAUUAAUGCAGUCAUACGAUGUGAAGUGUGAUAAGCAAUCGAUCAAUAGAUCCCUUUUGUGCUAUGAACAAUAUAGAUUUUAGGUAUGGUUUUAAAUGAGUCGCAAAACAAAGAUUAAGAAAGUCAUUUUAUUCAUUUUAAUUAUGUAUGUUUUCCUCAACAACUUUUAAUUAGACAUGUAUACAGUUUAGUUGGGAUUCCACAGUUUUCUUAUGGGAUUUGGGAGUUUAAUAAAUCAUAUUCUGUGCACUUUUUAGAAAACUGUCAAUGUACAAACAAAAAGGCUUUAUGUUAUGUGUUUGUGUGUGUGUGUACACAUACACACCUAUACAUUUAUCAUUUUUUUUUCUGUUGUCUGAGUGAUGUCAUUUAGUGCAAGGUUUCCCAAACUGUGUUAUGCAAGAUGAUGAAAAGCUAAUAAUUAAUGAAAAUAUCAAAUAAAACAAUUAAUAAAUAGAAACCAAAAUCUUA